CAAUGAAGACAGUUAUUCUGGCGGCUAUUCAGUGCACGUGAGCAGCAGGGGUGACUGCAGAAGAGCUGUAAGCUCAGUUUCAAAGAGCCGUGCCGUACUAGCGUGGGGAAGGGAAGAAAAUGUCUUUGUUUUGGAACAAGAUCUGGCUUGCGCACCUUGCCCUGUUACUGUAUGUUAUUGCAUCUUGGUAUGAGUUUAAAAUGGAGCUUGGUGACUGUGGUAGCGACCUAAAAAUGCAGCCACUGUCCUCGCCACCACCUGGUCCACACUGGCCACGGGAGAGCAGGGAUGGGAUGGGAUGGGAUGCGCGUGGGCCUGCGUGGCCAGGGAGCGAUGCUGCCCAAACCUCCAGGACGGCGCCCAGCGCCCCGCAGGAGCUGCGUGUGGAGCCACCGGUGCAAGAACUGCAAGAACAACGUGGGGAGACCUCUUCCCCCCAAAGAGACGACGGCUGCUGCUGCUGCGGAGCCGUGCAGGGCUGAUCCCCGGGCUGACAGGCGGCGUGUGCAGUGGGUGCUGACCCGCGCCGCCCAGCUGACCCCGGCGCUCGCUGCCCGGGCUGCGGGGACCGGCGGGGAGCGGGGUGCCAGAUGGCGGGUGUGCGCUUGCUGUGUGUCGGCUGUCAUCCGGGCAGAUUAAUGUGGGGUUUGUAAAAGGGAGGAGGGGGGGAAAAAAACAAUUAAGAAAGAAUCCCAAAAACAAUCGAGGCCACGUGCCACUGGGCAACAGUCGUUGCUCCACAAUGGGUUAUCGGCUUACAAUGAAGGGGGCCAACUGUUGCAAACGACAUGAGCCUGCCCAGUUUUCAAAUCAUUUAAUGCCCUUGUUUUCUUCCGAUCCAGCCAAUGUCUGGGCCAGCAGAGCGGUCACCUGACAUUCUUUUUAUGUAUUUAAGUCCCAGGCCUCACAAAAUAACUGAACAGGGGUAACCAUGGCAAUGCUAAUUAUUGCACUAUAACUACAGUAAGAGAAAGAAGCCAGGGGUAGGCUAGGAGAGAGGUUCGAAGAUGUUUUGGCCAGGAUUUGGGCUUUUGGCUCCUGCUCAUGAGUGUCUUUUCUUUUUCUUUUUCUUUUCACAGUCUUUUUACAAACAUACAUUAAAUUCUGCUUUAAAGAUCUAGUAGAUAAUAGUUUGGGGAGGUUUGAUGCGUGUUUCUGGAAAUCCUGAAUAGAGGUGCUGAAAGCUCCUGGGCAGCCAGGCACUACAGCUCUGGCUCCCUCUGUUAAGCUGCUUUGGACUCAUGUAAAACAUAAAAGAUGCUCCAGCAAGAGACCAGAUUUAUUUAAGGCUUCUGCAUCAUUAUUUGGCAGCGAACACGCGUUAGUGCCAUGCAGCUGGCUUUAACACUUCUACGAGAGAGCUCUUUAAAGGCUUCGCUUCAAAAGCAAAAUCAACUACAUCCAACCAAACUGUUCUGGCCAAGAAAGGUGUCUUCUGGACCGGAAUCCUGCUGGGUUUGCCCUGGGUCUCUGAUGAUACCGUACAUGUCCUAAGUGCUGCUGCACUCCUCAAGAUGCCCGUGACUGCUGGGACAAAGUUUAACACAAGUAAAGCAGUUUAUCCUUUCAUUCGCGAUAGUUUUUGUUGACUUUAAUUGGAGUUUUGACCACACAGGAGCUUGUGAGUACUAUAAAUAUCUCCCGUUAUUUCAGCUUUGUCCAACACAUGCCAUCAGAAGCAAAACAAAGGCAGGUGUUAAGGAGCAUGCAGAAUGUGUCAGAGCAGAGCUUUAAACCAACAGCAGUCUGGCACAGCUCUGCCUCGGUCUUGUCAGCUGAAGACAGACUGGAUGGUCUUGUGUACUCAGUCUGUAGCUCUUCCUGCCGAUCAUUUAGGAUGUGCAAAUUGCCUAAAAGAUUUGUUUCACGUGCCUCAUGGUUCCUUGUAAUGUAUCAAUAACUUCAUAUGCCCAAACAGAAGAGAUCAACAGCUCAUUCUGUAAUUUUGUCUAUGCAGCAGAUCUCUGCCUGUCUGUCCCCACCAACGGGUACAGGGGCUGGGAAAAGCUCUCUCCAGGUGUUAAAGCCAGCAGCAGGUUCUGGAGGAUCUCAGCACAGAACCUUCUUCCAAGGCUGGCUGCUCACUGGAUUUCAAGGUUAAUGCAAAUUUGCCAGGUUAAAAAUCUUGACAGGUUUCUUCUACAUCAAGGCCAUAGGAGUGCAAAUUUCUGACAAAUAUGAAAGCAAUGAAUCAGCUUUGGGUUUGUUUCUAGGCAGUUUCUCUUCCAGGUUCUCAUGCUUUCUUCCCCUCCAAAUGCUGCAAGAGAAGUUUUCUUAACUAAAACAUUUCAAAUUGUACAAAGCAACACAUGAUUACAGGCUAAGGACGUUGGUAACCAGCUAGCUGUGAAACAAAAGGCUCUUAGCUUCUGACCCCUCCCAGCUGAGCGAAGAUGACCUCCCCAGUGACUUGCAGUCCUUGUCGUGGCUGACAUCUGUUGAUGUUCCUCGUUUACAACAGAUGGCCAGUGGAAGAAUGGAUUUUAGCCUCGGUGCUCAGAAUGCAUUGCUACAACAGACAGGUCCUGUGGCAAGCAAUAUGCACUCCUCAGGAGCACCUGGAGCAAUGAUUCAUGUCCAGGCCAGCCUGCCACAGGGAAUCCUGGGUUUGAAUUCUAUUUCAACACAUGGAGCAAAUCAGAUGAGCCAGUACCCUGUAGGUGGGCAGCCAUCUCCUGGUUUACAGACACAGCAGCAACUCUUCCCUCCUCCUCAUUCACAGCAAGUGUUUGCUAUAGCCCAGAACACACCACAGUGUAACCCAGCAGCAAUCUACAACACGUCCUUUGGGUCCCAGACACACUAUUCUCAGCCACGCCUGGCUCCUCACUCUGCCCAGGAGCUGCAUCCAAAACAUUACCCCAAGCCCAUCUAUUCGUAUAGUUGCCUGAUUGCAAUGGCGCUGAAGAACAGCAAAACAGGCAGUCUCCCCGUGAGCGAGAUCUACAGCUUCAUGAAGGAGCACUUUCCCUACUUCAAGACAGCCCCCGAUGGCUGGAAGAAUUCUGUGCGCCACAACCUGUCCCUCAAUAAGUGUUUUGAGAAGGUGGAGAACAAGAUGAGCGGCACCUCUCGCAAAGGGUGCCUGUGGGCUCUCAAUCCUGCCAAGAUUGACAAGAUGGAAGAGGAGAUGCAGAAGUGGAAGCGGAAGGAUUUAGCUGCCAUUCACAGGAGCAUGGCUAACCCAGAGGAGCUGGACAAGCUGAUCACUGACAGACCGGCGAACUGCAGGCGGCCCGGCAAACAGGCAGAGGCUGAGGUCUCCACCCUGACCCACAUGGCAGCAGCCCAAGGCCGGAUCUCCAUCUCGCAGCUGCAUCCCCAGCCCAUCAUGACGCUCUCGCUGCAGUCCAUCCCCCUGCACCACCAGAUCCAGACCCAGGCUCGCAUCGCCCCGGACUCGCCGGCACCUGCCCAAACGCCUCCUCUCCAUGCUCUGCCUGCCAUGAGCCCCAGCCCCCUUCCCCACCACCCCAUGGGCCGCGCACCUCCCGACUUCCUGACCAUGAGCACGGACAUGAACGCGGAGGUGGACGCCCUGGACCCAAGCAUUAUGGAUUUUGCGUUGCAAGGUAACAUAUGGGAGGAAAUGAAAGACGACAGCUUCAGCCUCGACACCCUGGGUGCCUUCAGCAACUCCCCGCUGCACCUCUCAGACUGUGACCUAGGCACUCCCGGCCUCACCCCGGCCUCCAGCGGCAGCGACCACUCCUUCUCAGACUUGCAGGUCACGGGCCUUUACACCACCUACACGGCCCUGGACAACGUGGCGGCGGCAGCUCAGUACAUGAACCCCCAAGGCAACAAGCCCAUCGCUCUGCUCUAA